ACCAGCUGCUUUUGCUCAGAAUCGCUUUGUGGUCGUUUCAGAACUGUGUGUACCAAACCCGGGUAGUUUUUCUUUGCAUCUGUGCAGAGCUGGUGAACGGGGUGUGAGGUGGAUUUUGAUACUCGCUGAUAAGUCUCCCCUCAUCCGCGCUGGGAGUAAAAGAGAGCCAACUAUCUGCUGGUACUCUUCCGCGAAGGACAAGGUGAAAGUGGCCAGACAGGAAGGACAUCUGGAUCGACUUGGUUCGAAGAGCUCCGGCACUUUGCCAUCGGAUUUUGCUUGCUGCCAACAACGGGUGGCCGUCCGGUCGAAUCGGAUUAUCUGAAUUAUUUUUUUUCGGGUACGGUUUGUAAGUGUAAGACGACAUUUUUCGCAGUUGUUAUUACCUGUUCUCCUGAGAGAUGUCAAUUAGUCAAUGAGUAACAACUAGUGAUAGGAAAAUUAGCAAAUCGAUUGAUUCCUUCUCAAAGGGUGUUCCCUUAUACAUGUGUGGUUGUUAUUUAAUGUGUUAUUGAUUUGUGGUUCAAAAAAGCUAUUGUCAAUAAGUGCAUACAAGAGAGCCAAGAAGUGGAAAAAUCAAAUCGUGUUUGUGAAUAAGAAAAGUGUUUGACAGCAGAAGAAAAAUCAAUUUAUAGUGUCAUCAAUAUUGGCCAUCAUACCAUCGAACGCAACUAGCAGCUCUACGUCUGUUCGGAGCUAUACGUUCAGCUGGGUGAAGAGCGAUUAAUUAAAAUCAGCUUUCGCGUGCGCGCGCACUCAUCGGCAACCCCCACCGACCGACCGGCGACCGGCGAAUCGAAACUAACCGAUGGCAACGCCAACUCGCGACUGUUCACCGAAGCCGCGGCCGGCUUCAAGCACCAGCAGUGCCGGGAGCUUUAGCCCGCACACCUCGACGUCUUCGCUGUCGUCGUCAUCGUUGUCGCCGUCGCCCUUCCAGCAGCAACACCAUUCCCAUCAUCACCAGCAGCAGCAUCAAACGCUGCAUCAUUCGCAUUCGCAUCAGAAUCAGCAUCAUGCUUCAUCGGCGGGACCGGCCAGUGCCAAUUCGCUCGAGUCGGCCUUUUCCUUUGCUGGCGUGAGCGGAAGUCCGACCAAAUUAUCGCUGUUCAGUAGCUCCAAAAUGUCGACCACCGGAAGUCCACCGACGCUCCCGACCGGUCCUGGGCCCAGCCGGCAACGUUCGCUGCGUGAUCGGUUGCGCGAAGGCAUUACCGGAAGUCUAACCUGGCAGACCCGCCGAGCUAGUCAAGAUGUGAUACUGUCCAAAAGUUCGGACAGCCUCAGUCCACCCUAUCGAAGGAGCAAAUCGAGGAGCGUUGAUCAUGGAUUGGCUGCACCCUUCGAUCUAGACUCCUUGCGGUCCAAAGUGGAGGGCCGCUUCGAAAGUAUUGAUCGACUGACAAAAGAUGGCGAAAAGAAGCGCUCUAUGCCGACGAUACCGACCACUUCGUACACCGUUGGAGACCGGGAUACCCUAACUUCGGUGGCGGCCCGCUUCGAUACCACACCGUCGGAGUUGACGCAGCUGAACCGGCUGGGAAGUUCGUUCAUCUACUCCGGCCAGCAGCUGCUGGUGCCGGACAAGACGGCAAAGCCGGGACCCGGAUCGACCGGCGAUGGUGACUCGGAUGCAAGCACCGAACGUUCGUCGCACAGCCCCACCGAGGGCCGCCGCCGUGGCUCCAACGAGGAUCUGUCACAGGAUGAGAAAGAUCUACUGGAAGGACUUCGCCCUGGUUCACCGAAACCGGGACACAUUGAGCGCGUGGCAACGCCGAACAAUCAAAGUGGUGGGGGUGGCGGAGGGGACACGGCAGCAGGUUUCAACGAUGAUGACCCCGUUACGAUCCAACGUUUCCUCAAGAUCAAUGUGCGGCACAUUACCGAUGGCCAAGGAGUGGUGGGCGGUGUCCUAUUGGUCACUCCCAACGCAGUUAUGUUCGACCCCAAUGUGUCCGAUCCACUAGUCAUCGAGCAUGGUCCCGAGAGCUAUGGCGUCAUUGCGCCCAUGGAGUACAUCGUCAACGCUGCCAUAUUCAACGAUAUUGCCCACAUGCGGGUACAGGGCGCUACCGGCGGUAACGAAACAGCUGAGAAGGCUGAAAUCUACUACCCGGUGCCGGAGAAGUCAUGUUCUCGCUGCGACACUCACUCGCCCGGCAAGGACUCCCUGCUGGUGAAAGACGAAACAUUUCCGGAGUUGGGUGUGGGCUCGGUAGAGGGCUGCGACGAUCAGGAAAGUAUCUGCUCGAGCAACGAACGCGAAGGGGACGCUUUCCCAAAAGCUUUCGAACGUGAUCUAGUCACGCCAAACAACCUGCAGCGCUUGCAUGGCGAUUCCACCGAGAGCGGCGGUAGUUCGGAGAAGCCUCCGUCGACAGAGCCCCCAUAUUUGAGCUACGAUCGCGACUCGCAGUCGCAGACACCGAACUCGCUGGACAACAGCAGUACCGGUGGACAGGAACCGACCGCAGCGAGUGCCACCGGCAAGAGUUCGGAUAAGACUGACAGCAGCGGCAGCGGUAAUAAAAUCAACAACAAUAUUCUGCAGGACCCAACAGUGCGCUCCCUGGAGGACCGCCGACGGAGUCUGCUGGACCAGCACUGGGCCAUCCCCAGCAAGGAUAGAAUAAAAUGUUAUUGCAAUCAAACCUUAUCCCAAAGAUCACUGGAUGACGAGGAAGCGGCCAGUACGGGUAGCGGUGCCACGGUUACUUCCAGUGGAACGGCUCCCCCUACCAUCGGAGGUGGUGUCGGUGUCGUUGGGGACGACAUUGUCGUUGCCGCCGAUGGGCACCUGGUGAAACAGUCCUGUCACGAUUCCGGCAUCGACAUUCGGGACCCUAACUCACUGCCAACGAGUGGCGUAGUGGCAGCAACGGCUGCAGCAGCAGCCGCAGGUCAAGCUGCCCCAAAUCAAGCGGAUGUUCCGGUUGUGGCACCAAUUCCCACCAAAAAGGUCUACAGCGAUGCGGACAUUGUGCUCAGCGCCGACUGGGUGCCUCCGUUGACUAUCGCCCCAUCGCACUGCAUCGACAGUUCACCGAGAAACUCCUCGACCACAUCUUCGCAGCACAGUUCCCUGUCCAUCACGCAAGCGGAUCCCGCUAGCCGGAAGAAGGCCUCCAGUGUGAGCUUCAGCGUGGAGGAACAUGAUCCCCACAAUGCCUCCCAGCUGGACAAAGGAGGUGAAACGAAAAAGAAUAAGAUGCUGAAACGGCUAUCUUAUCCACUUGCCUGGGUGGAAGGCUUGACCGGAGAAGCAGGAACUACCACUCAGAAAUCAGAUUCGAUCGAAUCUGCCCCGAACACAGGAGAUUCCAAUCAAAGCGUAUUUUCCAAAGUUUUCUCAAGGCGCUCCUCGAUAGGCACCUUCAUCCGGCCGCAACCGUCGGCCGAAGCCGGCCCCGCAGCCAAGCAGAAACAGGCCGCCCCGAAACUGGACUACCGCUCGAUGGUUUCGAUCGACGACAUGCCAACACUGUUUGUUAGCUUCGACAAACUAAUCCCACGGCCAGCCCGUGCCUGUCCCGAUCCACCAAUGUACCUCAGGUUGCGCAUGGGUCGCAAAAUCGGCAAAAACACCCCGCUACCGACGACUGUCAUGUCCUACGGCAAGAACAAACUGCGGCCGGAGUAUUGGUUCAGCAUCCCCAAGAACAAGGUUGAUGAGUUGUAUCGAUUCUUGACUGCUUGGGUUCAGCACCUGUACGGCGAGUUGGACGAGAAGACCAUCAAGGAACGUGGCUACGAGCUGAUCCAGAACGACACCGAUUGGGCCACGAAGGGCGGCAGUCCGACCAAGGACGGACGAUCGGCCAGCGAAGGUGAAAUCACCGAAUACACCCGAGAAUCGUGGGAGAUGCUGAAGGCUCCAUUUGUCAAAACCUACAACAUUAUCAAAAGCCAAACCGGAUCCAACGAUUUGGAUGGUUGUGAGGUCCUGUCUAUGAGCACGGAUGACUAUCGGAAGGCGACGCUGUUUGCAACCAGUUCCUUCGAUCAAGAAUUCCAGAUUCCGGACUUGAUCGGCCAGACGGAGAUCCUGAGCGAGGAGCAUCGGGAAAAACUCUGUGGCCACCUGCCAGCACGUGCCGAGGGCUACUCGUGGUCCCUGGUGUUCAGCACAUCGCUGCACGGAUUCUCGCUGAAUUCGCUGUACCGGAAGAUGCACAAACUGGAGAGCCCCAUCCUGAUAGUCAUAGAAGACACGGACCACAACGUGUUUGGUGCCCUCACAUCCUGCUCGCUGCACGUGUCCGACCACUUCUACGGAACGGGCGAGUCGCUGCUGUACAAGUUCAAUCCCCACUUCAAGGUGUUCCACUGGAGCGGGGAGAACCUUUACUUCAUCAAGGGCAAUCCGGAGAGUUUGGCGAUCGGUGCUGGAGACGGAAAGUUCGGUCUCUGGCUGGACGGUGAUCUGAACCAGGGUCGAUCGCAGCACUGUAGCACGUACUCAAACGAGCCAUUGGCGCCACAGGAGGACUUUGUUAUCAAAACUCUCGAAUGCUGGGCAUUUGUCUAAGAAAAACGGAAACAAAACAAAAUCGAGUGGCGAGCCCCCUUAUGAUGACAGGGGCGCAGUGUGUGAGUGUGUAUUGUGAGCUGGUGCAAGAGUGAGUUUGUGCGACUUUUGUGGGUGUGUGCAUGUGUUCGAGACGGAGUCGCAUUGCUACAAGGGCUGAGAUAGACAUUAGUGCAUAAUUGUUAAGAAGCAUAUAUAAAUGUAAUUGUAACUGUAAAUCGAACUUGCAGAUAUGAGGAAAAUAUAAUUAAACUUUUAGAGAAAGCGCUACUUUUAAGAAGAACACUAUAACGAUGGAUUCUAGAGCAAAACGAAAGAUGAAGAUUGUGUAAUAGACGUUAAAAGCAACACAUGAACCAUUUAUAAUGUGAAGAGAAUUUAUUAGUGCAACCGCAACGUACGUUUUGUGGAUAGAGACGGUACGAGUGUAGGAAGCAAAGGUUGCACCCAUAUGGAGGGGUAAUAUGAGUUCUUAGCUUUAAGGAGUGAGCCUCCGGUAUAAAGAGGGGCCCGUUGUUAAGAAAAUAUAUAUUUAUAAACAUAACAAGAGUAGCAAAAGUUAAAAUUUGCAAUCCAACUCUGAAGAGGACGGUUCAUAAAUAUUAGUAGACGCCACUGGAGGAUGCAUUUGUCAAGUGCUCCGAAGGCUUAGCCAGAUAUACUAAAGAUACCCUCAUACAAACAUUUGUACUUUUGGCGGAGUUCUUCUCUCUUUCUCCUUCCGUCAAUCGCUUUGUACAAACCCCAAGGUGCAAUACGAAGGCUGUUUGAGAGAAAGAUUCUCCACUAUCCUCAAAGCAGAAUCCAACUCUUGUACGCGCAUAUGUUGAUUAACCUCUCUAUAUAUUAGUGCAAAUAACGAAUUAACAAAUGCAAAGUCACCGAAAGUAAUUACAGAAGAUAACUAAACAGCAGUUUAUGCUGCAGCUUCGUAAUCACCCAUUAAACAAAGCAUAUAGGAAAAAUAUACUAACGAUAGUAAGCAAGAAAGGAAGCACAUGAUGCUUAAACAAACCAACAACACACGUAAAAUGAUGAUUGUGUUAGAAGUAAAAUGUUCAAACUUAGAGACUGCUUUUCAUUUGUUAAAAAAGAAGAAAAACUGUUGUGACAAAAGUAGACGAAGAAGUCAACGUAAAACACUUUGACCCUCCCAAGAAACCGAAACACAAAAAACACGCAUACACCAAUCACCACGAGGAAGCCACCCUUAGGAUGACCCACCCAUCCUUUGGUGCUGCUCCUGUCCACGUUGCACGUUGAAGUCACAUUUCUGUGCUGAUAGAAGAGUAAAUUCGUUCGAGUCAUCACACAAUGUUAGACAAUAAACACAAGCCAGCCGUUCAUCGGAAUUAAAAGUAUAUAGCACGAAUAUUGAGCAAACGUAUUAUAUUUCGCCAAUGCAUGUCAAUUCAAAAAUCGAAUGAAGUAAAGGGAGGCGAAGAGUUCAAACGAACGUACCAGAGUGAUCAGCGUCGUCGUGGUGGUUUGUAAAUGAAACUAAAUGGAUAGUUGCAGGGUUUUGUUAUUAGCAGAAUCAAAAUUGGAUAUUGUUUUGCUGCUAGAAUUCGUUAUUUUUUUAUCGCAUAUGUUUAUUAUUUGUUCAAACUCGUCCUGGAAAUAUGACAGAAAUGAUAACAGGUCCCGGGGUGCGUGAGCCAUCUCGGGAAUCGCCCGAACGAUAAGAACGUGCACUUUCUUUGUGCUUUAGUUUUAGGCAUAUUGUUUUUAAUUUAUUAUAUUUUUAAAUAUUCUACAUCCAUAUUAAACUUAUACACGUCUUAUUUAUAUGUAAAAGUACUGUGGAAGAGCAGAUUUUUAGUUUCAAAAGUCAUAAGAGUCAACAAGUUACAAUGAAUCCAUUUAAUCCAACACAACACUCCACGAAGAAUUCGCGCAGAAGCAAAACACACGAAUAGACAACAAACAGUAAAAGCAGGACCGUUUCGGCACUAACCAGUCGUUACGGGAGUAGAUUACACUUUUUUUUCUGUGGUAGGCGUACCUAAUUAACACAAAAAGAAAAUCAAGUUGUUGUAAUUCAUUAACACGUUUUACAUGUGAAACUAUGGUAAUAAAUGAAGCAAACAGUGAUUACAUCUAUUGCCAUCUUGA